AUGAACACUGUCAAGUCUUUCUGGCUGGGCUGGGGCUCUCUGUGUGUUGCCGGCGCCGGCGCAUACGUCGUCGCCAAACGAAGCAUCAAUGCCGACCGCCAGGCCCGCCUCGAGGAGCAGCGCAAGAAGAAGUCCAUGAUUGAGUCCCUCGAGUAUUCUCAGAACGUCCCGUCUCACCCGGGCUCUGCCUCCGCCAUGGGUGGCUCUCGCACUCGAACCGACGAUCAGAAGGAGCGCCCGAGGCAGGAGGAGGACCGCGUCGACCAUGCCUUCCGGCCAAGCCUGGAGAUGGCCGCCAAAGAGGUGACGCCGACCGAGCCUCUAUCUGACAAAGAGUAUAACCGGCUCUACGGCAAGAGCAAGUACGAGAGCUCUACUCCUUUCAGGAGCACAAAAGGGGACCGCUUUUCCUAG